UUAAUUAAAGUUGGAGGCAUUUAAAGGCAAAGCUUUGCGGCAAAAGAACGGCUUGUGACGACGCAGGCGACAGCUGAUAACAAGAUAUAUGCGUGUGUGCAUUACUAUAGCUACCUUAUUAGGGUACUUUGUUGUACAAUUUUUUUAAAACUUUUUAAGAAAAAAUAAAAAUAUCUUAAUGCCUGCGUCAUCUUCAUCAAUAAUUACAAUAAACACAUGACAACAUAUGUGUAGGUGGCACAUAUUACGUUAUCUACACAUAUACACACAUUUGCACUUCCUGAAAUGAUUUAUAUUCUAUAAAACCACCCAAUUAACCUUCUGGUCGACGCGAGCUCGUUAUUUAUAGUUCUGAGAGCCAGUUACAAGCUGAUGUAGCGUAAGUUCGGGGAACACCGCUCAAUUAGAUUUCCAGAAAUAUUUUAAAACUUGUUGUAAUUAAAUGCAACUCAGUUGACUUUUUGCUACCGACCGUAUUGCACGCAUGUGUUUGUUGUAUUUCAUUACUGUUUAUCAAGUGUAUUAAUAAGUAAGCAGACGUUUUAACUUACAGUUAUUAUUUCCAAAAUGUUAAAGUAAGAAAUAUUUCGAAACCAACGACUUAAAAAAUUAAAAUUAAUAAAUUAAAAAAAAUUUAAUUGUUAAAACUAGAAAAUUUCUAAUAAAAAAGUAUCCAAAAUUUAAUAAAAAAAUUUAAUUUACAAAGUUUUUAGUUUUAUUUAUUGGUUGCAAAAAUGAGUGCUGUUGAGUGAUUAAAAAUAGUUUGAAGUGUAACGGUUAAUUGAACUGUGUUUUUUCUAAAAAAAAAAAGCGUCGCUCUCAAGCCUACUUCUCGACACUUUCUGCAUUUAUCGUCGUUAUUUACACCCAUCCGGCUCCUCGCAUGUGAUGCCAGUAGAUUGCGACCUGUCAAGAGGCCAACAACCGUCCGGCAGUCCUUUCGAGACUGUCUUUCAACAAUCAAGCAAUCAAUCAAAAGCAUAGCAUACGAGCAACAACAACAAUAUAGUGAACUAAAUUGAAUUUGUCCUAUCAACUUCCGCUCAAGAAUAAUCAACACUACUUGAGUACUUGAGUAGCACAAACAUACAUACAUACAAACGGAAACACGGCGAAAGGACUCCUCAUGAUGUUAACAAAUAGCAGAGAAAGACAACAACUACAACCGAAACACAAAAUGCAACACUGCUACACACUACUGCUAGCAGUCACAAUAUUGUUGUUGCAUUUGAUUGCACCCACCAGCGCCUCGGUACAUCCGGUGCUUACCUACACAAACGCUUCCACACAGCUUGGCCAAUUGGUCACCUCCAGCACACUGGUCUGGGAGACAUAUGACCCCAAGGAUACGAAACAGCUGCAGUAUGCGGUCGAGGGUGGCAAGUACAUAACCGAGGACGAACACUAUCCGAUUUAUGUGUGUCGUGUGACCAUCGAGGGCAUCACCACCAGCGGCCACACGGAGAAGAUAUUGCAAUCGCAUGUCUGUGCUGCAGCGCAUUACAAGCACGGCAAGUACGAACAGUUCGAUGUGCUGGUGAAUAAGGGACAUCUCGGCAAGAUUAUGUGGAAGCAUUGGCGUAAAUUUAAUGCUGGUAUACCCAUCGGCGCCAUACGUAUCGGUGAGGAUGACUAUAUCGGGCGGCAUAAGGCGCCAGCAAGCGGUGAGAGCGGCACUGAACAUUGGGGUGCGGACUACAAUUUAGGUCGUUUGGAUCCAUUGGGUUUGGGUAAAAUCAAGGUGAUUGAGAAUGGUCGUGACAAGGACUAUGAUGAAGGUGAGGUGUUGGUGGAGACUGAGCCGUUCCGUUAUGAGUUGAAAGACAUCAAAUUGGACAACAUACGUUUGGAUAAGCGCGAGAAUAUCACCGAUUUGGCCUCCAGCGUUUUGGCCAAUCGUGGUGAUAUGUACAUACUGGUAGAGUCCGUGAUGACAUACGAAUUCGACUAUAUACAAUACUGGGGUUCACAUGAGGGCGUGGCACGCGGUUUGCCCACCAAAGUCUAUGAGAAAGAUGUCAAAGUGCCCGUAGAAGUCAAGUGGGGUUUGAAGUAUGUGGAGAAACGCUCCGAAACCAAAUCAGUGCAUACGAAACUCUGGCCCGGCACAGCAUUGAAUGUCACGCUCAAGGGUAAUUAUGUGACGCUGGAAGCGCCCUACUCCGCCAAGCUCUACGCCUUCUAUUAUGGCAUUGAGGACAGCGUGUCACGCAAGAUCUCAGCGGAGGUGCGCAAGAGCUACUUGAAGGAUGUUAAGCUCGAAUUCAGUCCAGUCUAUUGGAUUGAGAAUGGCACCUUUGUGCCCACCACAACCACCACCUCAACUACAUCCACUUCCACCACCACAAACCCCACAACCACCAGUCACGAACCCGUGCCCAUGCACGAACCGCCUGUGGUACAAGUGAAGAAUAUCGGUGAAACACACUCGGGUCCCGACUCGUUAGAGAAAUCGCUGCACGAUUCACCGCUGAGCAAUGAAAUACACAGCGAUGUACCCGAGAAUUUGGCUGCUGAACAGCAAAAGCCCACAUUGGCUGGCAUAGCGGUAACAGGCGGUGGACAGCCAUUACAACAACAAAUGUAUGCGCUGAUCACAGCGCUGUGUACGGUGACGUUGUGGGGCCGGCAGGCGCUGCGUGGCGUUUAGAGCGACUGCUGAAGCGCCUGUAGCGGUGGCUGGCGGUGCGUUGGCAGCUGGUUUGAUGGUUGGGGCGUGGCGGAGCUUUAUAAGCGUGGCGUUCUAGGCUUAAGUGAUUUAAAAUAGCAUGUUGCAUAUGAGUUGCCAGCGUUAGCGCGCUUACAGUUAGCGAGCGCGCAGCUGUUUAGUUUUCGCUUACUCUUCCUAGCUUUUUCUCUCACUCACUCACUUCCUCUCUCUCUCUCUCUAUCGAUAAGUUUUAGUUUAUGCUUCGUAAGCUUGUAUUGUAAUUUUAAACUCUUUUUUUUAUUGUUUUUCCCACCUAGUUUUUGUUGUUUUGGCUUUGUAUAUGUAUUUGGUGUGCGAGGAAAUAUUUCAAGCAUCAAAAUCAAAAGUUUUGAGAGUCAAGCGAAACAAUAAGAAUACGGCAAAGAGCAGGAAAAACAAUAAAAUAUGAAAUUUAUAAGAAAAAUAAUAUUAUAUUAUAGCAAGAAAGAUAAAUAAUAAACGAUAAGUAAAGAGAAAAUAGAAAGCGCAUGUUAAAAACUCACAAAAAAAAUAAAUUAAAAAAACUGUGUGAGCCAAAGUUAAAGAGAAAUAUGAAAAUAUAAUAGGAAAACACAAUGCGUUGGGCAUAAAUUGAAUUAAGCAUAGAUUUUAGCGUUUAGUGUUUAGUUGUUGUUGUACCUGUUUUAACCGUCUGCAAAUUGUGUAGCGCCAGUAAAUGCGAGCAAACAAGAGGAAAAGGCAAAUGUAAAAGCGAUGAUAAUGAGAUAAUUAAUAAAAUUAAAGGAAAAUCAGAAAAGCAGCAAGUAAAUGAAAUGAGAGUUACAAAACCAAGCGAGCCAGUAAAUAACGUAAUAGAAAUACCAAAAAGCAAAAAAAGAAAAAGAAAACAAAAAACA